AUGCCCACAGAAUUAGAGGAGCUCGUCGGCUUCAUCGCCAGCGCCAGCCCCCAGAUUCGGCUUCUCGCCGUAGAGAAUCUCAUUCCAUACUCAACAACACAUCCGGCCGUCUUCAAGACUGAGAACUUGCUGCCAGUCAAGAAUCUCACAUUAUUGACGCAAGAUCACCCAAAAAUUGCCGAACAUGCCAUCACAAUAUUGGUCAACCUGUCGGGCGAGCAAGACGUUCUCGAACUUCUUGCCGCCAACGACAAGUUCGUGGACGCCGUUCUCGCGAGGGUCGUCAAACCGACAGAACCCAACGCCAACCUACUGGCCAUGCUCCUGGCCAACCUCGCCAAAUGGGAUGGCCUGAAGAAAAUCUUCAACAAGAAGCAGCCGGCUCCCGAGGCGCUCCAGUCCAAUGACAUGGUCAUCAACCAGCUCCUCGACCUCUUCGUCAAGGGUGCCGAGGGCACCUACAACAAGACCGCCGACUACGACUACCUCGCCUACCUCUUCGCCGACCUCGCCAAGCACACCGAGAUUCGCCAGUUCCUCGUCACCAAGCAGGCCUACGACGACGUCGUGCCCCUCGCCAAGCUCCGCGUCUUCACCGAGCACAAGUCGGACAUCCGCCGCAAGGGCGUCGCGAGCACCAUCAAGAACGCCGCCUUUGAGGUCGCGGCGCACCCGACCUUUCUCGCCACCGACGACAUUGACAUAUUGCCGUACAUCCUGCUGCCCAUCAUGGGCGACGAGGACUAUGACGAGGACGACAUGAUGGGCAUGCUGCCCGACCUGCAGCUGCUGCCGCCGGACAAGAAGCGCGACACGGACCCGCGGAUCAUGCAGACGCAUAUCGAGACGCUGAUGCUGCUGACAACGACGAGGGACGGACGCGAUCUCAUGAGGGAGGCCAAGGUGUAUCCCAUCAUCCGGGAGACGCACUCGCGGGUGGAUGAUGAGGAGGUGAGAGAGGCAUGCGACAGGCUGGUGCAGGUGUUGAUGGCGGACGAGGAGCCAGAUGCAGAGUCCAGGGUCAAGGAGGUGGAGGACGAGGAAGAGCAGCUCGUCGAGGUUUAA